AUGGCGGACGACUCACCUCCUACCAUUUCCCCCAUGGAUAACUGCUGCCACAGGUCUCCUCGCCGUGAUUCUGAAAGAUGUUAUCUAUCUUGCCGGUAUGUGCUUGCCGGGAUGUCUUGCUCAGGAUUUUGUGUUGUGUAUCUUCUGAGGGUUAAUUUGAGUGUGGCACUGGUUGCGAUGGUUAAUUCAACUUAUGCGGAUGCAAAAGCUACCGCAAACAACCCCGAAUGUCAGAGAAAUACCGCAAACGUGACUCGAGUUAAGGUACUGUGUAAGCUUUUAAGUCCUCAUACCUUUGGCUUGUUUUGAACAGACGGUAAUAUAUGAUCAAAGAAGUACUUGAAAGGAUUCAUUUUACUGACGAACAGUGACCGUUGAAAGUGGCUCUUAAGCGAUCAAGUAAUUAUUGUGAGAUAGGGUAUCCCUAGAAAGGAGAAGAUCUAUCCUAAUAAAAAUAGUAUUAAAUCAUCGUAUGUAAAUUAAACGAGGGAAGUAUAUGAGGAGUCUUAAGGAGUACUUUCAAAAAUGAGAAUGAGAAAAAUUUGCGAAGUAUUUACAAUUGAGUUCUGUAGCUAUUAGAAACGUAACUCUAACUGGAGAAAAACCCACGCAAUAAGGACAAGGACCAACAACAAACGCAACCCUUAUGUAACACCUGGUCCAGGAAUUGAACAAGGCCACAGUGGGGGGAGGCAAGGGCUCUCACCCUGCACCAUUCCCCCUCCCCCCUUCCCUAAAUGUGUUUAGAUGAGACUAGGUAAACAUGACAAAGUGACAUUAUGCUUUCUGAAUAUUUUAUAAAAGCAUAGAUGACUUUUGAACACUCCUGAGGUUGGGAGAAUUCUUUGUUGUUAAGCAAACCCUGUACUGUAUGUCAGGUUUGUAUAACUCUCUUGAACUCUCCCAGCCAUUGCUCUAUUGCUACUGCUUAAGUCUAACCUUAGGUUUGGUGGAGAGAUAACUUAUUGAUAAGGAUUACAAAUUAAAACUGAUUGAUUAAAAGAUAAUAUAUUGCCUUAAAUACAUGGGAUAUUUCAUUAUCAAAGUGUGUCUUGUAGGAUGGAGAAUUUAAAUGGGAUCAAGAGAUGCAAGGUAAUUGUCUUGAUUUUAAUAUUUUUCUUUACUCUACUAAGUUAAUACCCCUUAUCAUCAUUAUCAUCAUCAGCAUCUUGACCUUCAACUUGGUCAAUCAUGUGAUGUCAUUUCUCUCAAGUAUAUCUUCAUUUCUACCUGACUGUAUAAACCUUUGUCUACUUCCACACAAAAGUUUUACUAGGAAUAAAAUCCUUGGUUCAUUUACUUCUUCCCCAACCUGGAGCACUGUCUAUUGUAAUGGCUGCAAAUAUUAAGUAUGCAAAUUCUGUGGUGCAAGUAUGGGUAUUGACACCCUUUGGUUAGACAUUGGUGGAGAAGUCAACUAUAGCUUGUUCUGAAAUUGGAUAACUCUUUGUAAUACAUGUGUAUAAAACAGUGAAAAGCAUUCAAGAUGUAUUCUGAUUGGCUACUCAAUCCCUGAAAACCCUCUGCUAUUCAUCUCCAAGCAGCAUACACUAGGUUUCACCUGAAAAGAUUGUAAUUGUUGCUGAGAUGAAUGAGUUAAAAUCAUAUUUUUGUGCUAUAUUAUCUCACUGUUUUAGUAUAGUACAAUUAACAACUUAUUUUACCAGAUUGUUGGUGACUAGCAUUGGAUAUUAGUAACCUUGCCGCUUUGUACUGGCACAGUAAAUAUCCACCACUAGCCACCUCCUCUUUCAUAAUAAUUGUUGAAUAUUUACUGUGGAUGUUCAGGUAAAAUAUAAUGGGAAAAUCAUGUAUAAAAGUAAGCUGAAUAUAUCAAUCUGAAAUUUUUAAUUCACAACUAUGGCUUACCUUUUUUUCCUUCACAGGGCUUAUCCUGGGUGCAUUCUUUUAUGGUUACAUAGUCACACAACUUCCAGGUGGUUGGUUAGCAUCCCGUUAUGGUGGAAAGGUUGUGUUUGGCUGUGGAGUCCUUUUGACAUCAGUGGCAGCACUGUUUACUCCAGCUGCUGCUUAUCACAGUGUUGCAAUUUUAAUGUUGGUGAGAGUGGUGGAAGGUCUUGGACAGGUAGUGAAAUACAUUGGUCUCUCUAUCAGCCUAAAUGAAUUGCAUCUUUGUUAUUAACUAUGAUUUUUUUCACUACUCAACUGAGUUCUGCUUCUUUAAAGUAUAGGUGUACAAUUUGAAAUAAAAAUUGGCACAACAACUCAGAGAGGGGAUUAAGUUUCUCACAACAGUCUAUAGGUCCACAAGGCCCUAUUAUGGGAUUAUUGAGACAUGCAAUAUUUGGAUGAGAAAUUAUGGGGAGGCAGGAUUCUUGAGGAAACAAUAAACAGGUUAUGGGGUAUUUAAAUUAGAGAUUCUGGGAUGUCAAACAGGAAUUAUAAGGAUACAAACCAAAGGAAUCAACAGGAUCUGGGAUAUUUAGGUUAAAAAAAACUUAAAGGAUAUGGGAUACUCAGAUCCUCCUGAAUGGGGCUUCAUCAACAGAAUCAGUCCUUGGAAUCUUUUAAACAGUUUGGGCUGAUAUUGAUAAAAAAAUUCUGUUGAAACAGCAAAUGUUUGCUUCAUGAAACUAAGUGAAGCAGAUGUUUGCUUCAUGAAACUGAGUGAAAAACUCCCUGAGGAAGCUAUCUGACUGUACUGCGUUCUCUCACAGAGGGUUUUUGGUUUUAAAUACUUUUAUACACUGCCCCUAUUUAUCUAUUAAGUAAAAGAGUAGUUAUAAAAAAUGUAGUGGUAAAUAUUAAGUUAAUUGUGUUAAAAAUAUUUUGCAGGAUUUGACAUUUUGAUUUUUCUUGUAGGGUGUGACAUUUCCAGCUAUGCAAGCAAUGUGGGGUUAUUGGGCUCCACCUUUAGAGAGGAGUAAAUUAGUAACUAUUUCUUAUGCAGGUAAUCACUGCUUUAAAUAUAAAACCUCCUUGAGGGAAGUCAGGAAAAUUUUAACUAUGAAGUAGAGUUUUGUCCUAUUGAAGUCCCUGUUACAACCAAACUAAAGUCUCUCUCCUUUGUUUGUAAAGAAUUUUUGUACAAUUUAAUGAAACACAUAAUAAUCAUGAAACAGACCUGUUACAACUAUUCUGCUCUUUACUUAAUUACAAAACAAAAUGCAUUUAAUACAACACAAUUUUUGUUGGAUGGUUUGCAACAAAACAAAUUCAAACUGUUUUUUUUAACCCUUUACACCUUAACAUCGGUAUGCAUAUUCUCCAUACAGUUCUUUACACAUUUACUAAGGUGCUGACAAGGAGAACUUGUUUAACAAUCAGAGCUUAUUUAGUUGGUCAUCAUUUCCUUCAAUUUUAUGAAGUUAAUGUGUAAUUCAGGGGUGACAUAAUAGAGGAAAAUUAGAAUUAAGGGUUAAAGGGUUAAUUUGAAUUUUGAAUUUUUUGUGCCAGCUCUUUUUACUUUACAGUGUAAACAUCAUUUAUCCUCUGAAUUAACUGUAACUUUCAAUAUCAUAUACCACAGUCACAAUGAUAAAAGAAUGAGAAGGAAAGAAAAUCAAGUGCAUUUUUGCAUAGUGAUAUAUUAAGCAAAUGUUUCUUUUGUUUGUGAUUUUUCAAUUAUUUUUCAAUAGAAUGCAUGCUCCUGAUCUCUCCCUUUUUAUAUUGGUUGCCCAUGGCAGACCACAAUAAAAAUUUUCUGGAGGGCUGUCAUAGUCAGAUGUGGAAAUGAGUCAUGUCCUUUGUGGGCUUCUCUCUGUAGUAAAGUGCUGAUGGGGGGGGGGGGGGGGAGUCGUUAGUGGAAUGGAUGACCUCACAUCAUAUCCCGUGUCGUUGACUUUCUUUUUCUUCUCUUUAUUUUUUAAUUCAUUCCAACCUAUACUUUGAAGAGUCAGCAUUAAAUUCAUUAUUUUCCAUGUAAAACAAUAAUGGCUGAAUCCCACUUAAACAUGGUCGGCAUCUUGUGAAAUUAAAGUUUAGUUUGAAUUUAUUCAUUUAUUAGAUAUUUUUCAAUAUUUAUUAUUUCAUCCAAGGCCUUAGCCUGGGGACAGUACUUGCAAUGCCAAUAUCUGGGUUAUUGUGUGCAUCAAAUCUCUGGGGAGGAUGGCCAGCAGUAUUUUAUAUUUUUGGUGAGUUGACAUCAUGAUGAAAGGAGGAGGCUGGAAAGUUACUUUUCCAUGCAAUGUGAUUAUAUGACCACAGUGCCAAUGUUCUCUGUUGUCACUAAUUUCGAGAAGGAUUGAUUUAUUUUUAAGAAAGGAGUGGUACAAGAGUCACUAUCAUCCAUUAUUUACCUGUUUUACAGUUACAUCUGAGUGAGUAUUUUGUAUUUAAAAGUUAGCUUUGACUUGUUUGAGUCACCAGCAACAAGCUAUUAACAGCCAGCCUACUGCAUGCUCUAUGGGCCAUCAAAUUGGACUUCAAGCUGCCAGGCUAUGUUUGGCUGUGAGCCUGACUGUAUGCAUAGGUUAUGAGCUGUUUACUUUCAACCCCUUCACUCCCAAGAUCAAUUAAAUAAUACUACUUAUUGCCUGCUAUACCAUUCUUAUGAUGUUGCUUUGAAGAAUUUGGUGUUGGAUAAACUCAAUAUAAUCCUCUAAUUUAUAUUUUUUAUUCUUAUCACUUGUCUACUUGAUAGUGUAUUAAUACUGUAAGGAGAAAUUUGGUCUUGGUCACUCAUGGGAGUCAAAAGGUUGAAUUGGGAGGCGGUUAUAAGGUGUCUUCCUUCUCAAUGUUCUCAUCAUAGUUUUUUAGUUAUAAUUGUGUGUACUAACACAUUUAAUGAAUGUUAUGGAAUCUUAGAUAAUAUAUUCAUUGAUGAGAGUUUUUUUGUUUUAUGUUUAGGUGCUAUAGGUAUUUUGUGGGCUAUUAUGUGGCUAAUGUUAACUCAUAACAGACCUGAAGACCACCCCAGAAUAUCAGCCAAGGAAAAAGAGUACAUACAGUCAAGUAUAGGGUCUGGGGAUGAUGCUCACGCAAGGGUAGGGUUAAAAACCUUUUCAUGUAUUUUAACUUGUUCGAUGUUAUGUACCAAAAGUGUUCAGUAGUUACAUGUGGCCGAGUAAAAUUAAGGAUUAAUCAAUCAUGCUUGCAUUCAGAAGUUGUAGAAAUUGUUUCAAUUAAUUAAUUAAUUUAAUUAACUGAAAUGCCUAUUUUUUUUUAAUUCAAAGUUUUCUUGGUUUUCAAUUCUUCUUAUAAGUUUGAUGGUUAUUUUCCUUUUUUCAGAAUAUGAUAAUUGUUGUGGGAAAUAGGAAAAUAAAAACUGGAUUGGUUUGGAAAAUAUUACACCAAGGAAAAAAAAGUGAACCUAAAUCAAGGAUAACUCAGAUUUAGCCUCUGAGAGAUUAUUUUUCACAACAUAAUGUAGGGAGGAAUGUACUUAGUGACAGCUUAUAAUGACCUAGGGAACUCUCCAAAACUGCACCCUUAGCCAAAUUGUUUUUAUCACAUACCCCUUCCUUCCAUUGUUCUCUUUCAGAAAUAUAAAACUCCUUGGUUGAAGAUUUGGAGAUCACCAGCUGUCUGGGCCAUUGUUGUAGCAAAUGUUUGUGACAACUGGGGCUUCUACACUUUUCUCACUGGUUUACCAUCUUAUCUUAAAGAGGUUCUCAAUUUUUCAAUUCAAGAGGUACACAUUAAUCUCUAUCAUUUAGAAAAUUCAGUCAGAAAUCAUUUCACUGGUUAUAGAAUUAUUGCAAUUACAGACAUUGCAGAGGUUUUAACAAUUUCCAUAUUUGAUGAAUGAUAAUGACCAUGACUCUUAAUUGGGUGCUUAAAAAAAAGCACCAUAUAAUUCCCAGUCAUUGCAUGACAACAGAUGCCAUUUUCUUGAAUCUAGGAGCUCAUGGUUGCCAUAGCAAAAUCAAAUUAUGAGUGUCUUAAAAAACACCCUUAAUUUUAGCUUUUGGGAGCCUGUAUGGCACUCAAACACAGGUUUUGUCAGUAACCCCUAUUUUUAGAAUUAAUCAUUCAAUGAUCAUGAUAUCUUCAAAAAGUUACUAAAAAGUUGAGGAGUAGGUUUAGAGCCAUGUUGCAAUGAAACUGAUAUUAGGAGCUUUUCUAAUAGAAUUAAGUAUUGGUAAUCUAUUAUUUAAAAAAAGAAAUGACCAAACCUUUUUGAGCAAUAAAUGGGCAUUUGUUAGAUUCCAUUUUUAAGGAAAGAAAGGAUCAAUAGGGGUAGCAUCUAAUCAUCAAGCAAUAAGUCUUGAAAAAAGUAAUAUUCAAAUCAAAGUAAUGAGCCACCAAAAGAGAGCAUGUUGAGGUAAUUUAUGUGCAGUAAAGAAUGAAGCACCAGUGUCAGAGUAUAUAGUAUGCUUGCAACCUCUCCACUGUAGAUCUGUAGGUGAAACAUGCAGACAAUUGUUUGAUUCACAGUGCUGAUACAUCCCUGCCAAUUACAGAUGUGUGGGGUGAAAGGGUGUUUUACUUUUUUAAAAAAUUAUAUGAUGAACUAUAUGCAUGUACAAGAGUCAAGUCCUCUGGCAUGGUUAACUUCCACUCAUGUAAGCAGUUAGGUGGGAGCUUAAGGGAUAUUUCAGCAGUCAGAUAAAUCAGGGCUCAAUCAGGUACCUUUGUUGGCAUGUAGGAUUAACAUUGAUUAAAAAAUUCCUACUCCACACACCUUCAACCUUCAUCAUAUUUUGGUUUAGUGGAAAAUAGUUGAUACAUUUUUGUUUCAGAAUGGCUUUGUGUCUGCUCUCCCAUACAUACUGAGUUUCAUAGGUACUAUUGGUAGUGGCCAACUUGCAGAUUGGCUACGUUACAAAAGAAUAUUAACAACUGGAGAAGCUAGGAAAGUAUUUGGUACUGCUGGUAAGUUCAGAUUGGCUGUUAGUUUUGGCUCUAUUCAUGAGUAUGCAUUGUUUAACAAUUAUUUGCCAAAGGUGAAAUUGAAUAUAAUUGUUUAAUUAUCCUCAAGAUGAGGUGGUGGGUAUUAUUCAACAAUGUUAAAUAAGCCUGAGGCAUAAAAAUUCUUUUGGUAUAAUUGGAGAGGUGCUUUUGAAUUCUGUUGUAAAUUAUGUAAGUAUAAAGAAAAUAUUGAACAUGAUUUUUUCUGAAUGCACUGACUCCUUAUAUCAAGAUUAGCAAGCAGUUUUAACAGGUUCAUUCAAUUCAAUCAACAAAACCUUCAUAUCUUUCUACUGAAAAGUGUUCCACCAAACUCAGUGGUAUUCUUUGUGCUUUUUGCAAUUGAAUUUUCCUUUAUUACAUUUAUCUGACUUCCUCAGAAACAUUGACAAAAAGCAAGAGCCAUUUUGAAAUUUGGUGCUCCUGGUAAAAUCACCUUGCAUGAGGUGAUUAUAGCAAGAUAUGACACAGUCUCCAACCAAUCAGAGCCAGUGCAUAUCUAUAAUCACCUGUCUUGAGCAAUUAUAAUAAAAUAAUAUAUUGUACAUUACUUCUUGCAUAUUUUGAUAAUCAAAAACUAAUUGAAAUCAAAUAAAAACAGAUUGAAUUGCACUAAAUGUUCUUCUAAUUUAUUAUGUUACAUAUCGAUAAAUCUUCUAAACCACCUUAAAUAAACGUGACAUGUCACCAUCUGCAGGUUUCCUGAUUCCAGCUUUUCUUUUGGUGUCCACAAGCUACGUAGGAUGUGAUAACACCAGCCUUGCUGUUGUUCUCUUUACACUUGCACUAGGAGUACAAUCUUUCAACUCAGCCUCUUACUCUGUCAAUCACUUGGAUAUUUCACCCAGAUUUGCUGGUAUUCUGGUGGGGAUAACCAACUCAUUUGGUACAGUUCCUGGUAUUGUUGGUCCCUAUAUCAUAGGAUAUCUUACAGAUAAUCAGGUAAUGUUAUUUCAUCUAAAUUUUUUGGUUACCUUCAUUUGGUUUAAUAACAUUAUAUAUAGUAUCUGUUUGCACUUUUAUUCAAUGUUGUCAAUCUAGUGGUGUGGACUGGGAAGUCUUUUCAGUUACAAUUACCUUCAAGUCUUGGGAGCUAUCAAUAGGUGAUUCCUCCUUGUGUUAAUACACAUUAUAGUGGAUUCCCCCCUUUAACCCACUUCUGCAAGGUUUAGUCUUGAACAUGAGGCAAGUGGCCCACAUCUCUGAAGUAGAUUAUCCCAUGCCAGUUUCUAUUCUAUUUUAUCAUGUCUCACACCCCCUUUAUCAUAUAUUUCCUUCCUCAAUUUGCCAGUACCAAUAGUUUUACCCUUUUGGUGGAAAGAGGCACUGUGAGAGUUAAAAGUGUUGUUUUCAAGAACCAUUAUACCCCUGGCCAAAUCUUGAAAGAGGAACUUUCAAUCUGGAGUCCUGUGUUUUGUUUGUAAGGGGUUUUCUUCACCCCACCCCACCCACCCCCCCUUCCCCUCACUAAAACCAUAUGUUAGAAUAAUUUUUCCUAGUCCCUGAAAUAAAUCACCACAGAAUGAGGAAUUCCCUUAUUCAAGAACCUUGGUACUCCAACUUCUAAUUCAGUGGUUGAUCAUUGUAGUAGAGCUGUAAUACGGGACCCUGUCAGACUAUAACUCUUCUUUUUUGAGUGUUGUCCUUUCUUCUGCUGUAAAGCUUAUUGUUAGAAAACAGAUGGGAGAUUGGUGUGCAUUGGAAAGGAGUGCAGGCACUAUCCUUAAUUACAAAUUGAAUAAAACCUGUGUACUAACAAUAAUAAUAAUAAUAAUAAUAAUAAUAAUAAAAAUCACAAGCAGGGCAGAUAAUUUUUUGGUUUGCCUUUAGUUUAAUUCCUGCCAUCUUACAUGUAAUUUUUAGUUGUAUUUGUUGGAAAGGGCAGUUCUUCUUGCUCUUGGUCUACCUCUUGCUCUCCCUCCCCUGAAAAAUCAUUGACUGUUCUGGUAUAACUUGAUUACUUGAAUAUUGUGAAAUUCCUAGGAUGAUACUCACUGCUACAUAAAGAGUGUCUCUCAGGCUGUGAUGCCUACAAUCUUUAAAUUACUCAACUGGUACAUUAAGUUUGUUGCAUGUUCUUAGAGCACUUGCAGAACUUUUAAGUACCAACUUUGGUUUAUAAGGGAGUUUCCUCUCUAAAUUUUACAAACUGAUCCUUGUCAAAGUCAGGACGUGGACCUUGUCUAGGAAUAAAGGUGUGGGGUACUGAUGAAGUUGUCACCAAAAAUAAAAAAGUUACCAUAUUCCCCCUUCCUCUUUACUAGCUAGUGCAGCUCAAUGUUAGCAGGACCAGGUCACUUUACUUAAAUCUUUUGUUGCUGGUUUGUUUCUCAGCCAACAAGAGCACAGUGGCAGAAAGUAUUUUACAUAUCUGCUGGAGUUUUUGUUUUUGGUUGGUUUAUUUAUUUACUCCUUGGAAGUGGUGAGCAGCAGUCAUGGAACACUCCUUAUGAAGAUGUGCUAGUACCGGUGGAUUUUCCAGGGGAGACUAGAAAACCAGCCAUGGCUGCAGACCACUAUUCCAUUGAUAAUGCUGACAUUCAAGACAGAGAUCAUGCAGUACAAACCAAUAGUUAAUACUUUGUUCUCAAUUAGUUGAACUGACCAGAUAGUAUUGAUGUAG